GGCUGCUGAGUCCAAGGAAAGUAUUUUCAAAUGUGCGCAUCGUCCGAGAUGAUGAGAUGAGAUGCUAACAAGAAUUUGUGAAUCCGGCCAGUUCAUACUUCUGACUGUCCUGAGGACCUUUUCGGCGGGUACGAACUUUUCCACAUUCACGGUACAGACUCAGUAGCCAACAUGUCCAAAAUAAUCCGCUUUUGUGAGUAUUUCUGAGCACCUUCUGCUCGAGUUGUGAUGCUUGCUCCAUUCAUCAGACUAGGCACCAUACCGCGCUUUUUCUAAAAUGGAGUACGGGAAUGCAUGAAGAAUCUAUGUUUAUCUAAUCUGAACUUAGUGUUGUUCGUAAGCGAUUGGAUAACAAAAGGGAGAGGGUGACAGUCGGCAUGUCAUGUCGGGUAGUAGAUAAGCCGAACGCUCUGGGGUGAUACUCUCCGACGUGUCCCUCAAUUCUUUUAUCGGAGGAAAGAUUAGAGUGGGGCUUGUCAUUCCAAGGGCAAAAGUGGUCUUUACUCGUCAACAGAUUGCCUCGCUUCUCCGAGUAUAUAAGAAGCUGAUUCAAGCGUCUCUUGCGUGCUAAACUUACAAAGGAGUGCGCUGCUUUUGACGACUUCGUCGACAGGAUUCAGGAACCAGGGUACUCUAUAAAAUGGCUCUCAUGUCCGCCGCUGCGUACAUUCCGCUGCUAUGUGCCUGCUCGUUGAUGCUCACCAGCUACGUGGAAGCUUUUUCGAACGUGCUGCUGCAACGUUCCACUAUGUUUUCUGGGCAAUAUCUUGCUGAGGGACCAUAUCAGUUCAAAAUGCAAGAGGACUGCAACCUCGUGGUGUACAACAACGGGCAACCAAUCUGGGCGACCGAUACCGGUGGUCUAGGCCGCGACUGCGAGUUCAGACUGAAGUCAAAUGGAAACGCAGUACUCUACACUGGCUAUGACAACGCCUUGUUUGAGUCCAAGACUGCGGACAUGAACAACGGGGCUCACUACAUAAUAAUGCAGUGUGAUGGCAACGUGGUGAUGUACACUGCAGAAGGGAGCCCGAUUUGGGCGACCAUGACAAACGGAAAAGUCCAGGUCAUCGAUCUCGGGACACCUCCCACUCCAACCGUGAACUCCACCUCGUCGGCUGUCAUCAAGUCUGUGAGAGGAGGACGUUCUCACUAAUGAGGUGACAAGGAGAAAUACUUCUGGCAGUCACCAUCUGAAGAAGGAAACCUACUCUGAAUAUGGCAGAUCCAAACGGUUAUGUUAUUCUAGUGUUUCUGGGGUUGGAUUUGCGGUUAUUGAUCUAGUAUACAGAUGAAGAUGGUUAAAAGUUUGCUAAAUAAUCGCACGAAUCUGGGAUCACGAUAUAGACCUUCUCAGAUCUGUACACAUCUUUACUCUGGUAUUAUCUAAAUGUGCAUUUGAGAUGUGAGAUUUCCA